AUGGCGGCGCGCAGAAAGAAGAAGCGUGCGGCGCGGGACGCCCAGCCCGGGCCCCCGAGCCCGCCGGGUUACACAGCCGUUCCCAUCAAGUUCUCGGAGAAGCAGCAGGCGUGCCAUUUCCUCUACAUGAAAGAGCACAAAGUUCGGGACGGCACCAACUCUGCCUGGCCGCAGAAACGCACCCUUUUUGUCCUCAAUGUGCCACCAUACUGCUCAGAGGAGUGUCUGGGCCGCCUUUUUGCACCCUGCGGGCCAGUCCAGCGAGUGCAGCUACAGGAGAAGCCAGACCUGGCCGAGCGCCCACAGGAAGCAGAGUCCGUGUUUUUCCACCCCAGGCCCGUCCCGGGUUUCCAGGUCGCCUACGUGCAGUUCCAGAAGCCCCAGGGGGUGCUGGCCUCACUGGCGCUGAGGGGCCCGCUGUUGGUCUCCACUGAGAGUCACCCCGUGCCCAGCGGAAUUCACAGGUGGAUCCGAGAGUAUGCGAACUCACUGACCGACCCUGAGGCGCUGCGGGCCGAGGUGGAUGCCUUCAUGGAGGCCUACGACAAGAAGACGGCCGAGGAGGAGACCCAGGCGCAAGCUGAGGAGGGCGUCCCUGACGCAGAGGGCUGGGUGAAGGUGACUCGCCGUGGCCGCAGGCCUGUGCUUCCCCGGACAGAGGCUGCCAGCCUUCGAGUGCUGGAGCGGGAGAAGCGCAAACGCGCCCGCAAGGAGCUUCUCAACUUCUACGCCUGGCAGCACCGAGAGUCCAAGAUGGAGCAUCUGGCACAGCUGCGCAAAAAAUUCGAGGAGGACAAGCAGCGGAUCGAGCUGAUGCGGGCCCAGCGGAAGUUCCGGCCGUACUGAGCCCCCACCUCCACCCCCAUUUCC